GACCCAUAAUGACUAGUCCAGGAUCCUAAGCCAGAAAUUCUCAUCAACCAGUCUAACGCCAGGCUUUGUUUUGCCAACUGUAGUCAGCAGUCCCAGAACUCAGAAGAGGGUGGCCUAAGUAAGAUUGCUGAGCCCCACGACUUCAUGACCUGCAGAAAAAAGCUUCGUCUGACCCAAAAUGUUUCAUAUUAAUGUCAAUAGGGUGGAAUUCCUCACCCUGUAUAGAACAGAGUGCCUAAAGUUGUGGGCCACUGUUGGGCAGAUUCUCAUAGAGAAUGACCUCAGUUUCCUGAGCUGUUCCCAGGCACUGCCACAGAAUCAGAUUCUUGGGCUUGUGAGUGGGAGCAGUCACGUUGGGGUUACUGUAGGGACUGGCUGGGUGCAAAGUAAAGCCAGUGUUGGGUCAAAGUGCUGGUGAGGCUGGGCUGAGGUCAAGCGUUGUCAUAGUUCUCAUAGCUUGUCGUUAAAUAGAGGCUCAGCCUUUCCUUGUUCCUAAGCUUCUGCUACUAGGUAUAAGUGCUAGGAUGCCUUCUGCAGCUGAUGGCUGGGAGGAUGUGGAUAGGGGACUUCCCGCCUUCCAUGGCACACCAGCUAAUGCUGAUUGUUAGAAGAAUGGGCCGAGGAAACCAGCUUUCCCCAUCUGGGGUGCCACUGCCGUUGUGCAAAUUGGUCAGGGCACUUUCACCCUAGUCCACUCAGGUCGGUUUAGUUUCUAGCAGAAAGGGGUCAGAGACGGUGACUCACUCAGCCCCAUCAGCAUCCAACAAACCCCCUCCCAUGCGACUCGUGGCCCUUGCUUUUGAGGAAAUAAACAAGUCCCACUACCUCCGUAGAUUUAUUUUUAAUGAAAAGGAUUCGUUUGUCCAAGUUCUUAAUUCCAAAGCCGAGGCGAUUGCCUGGCUGGAGCGCAUCUUUCCCCAGCUUUUCUGUUUCUGGCAGCGGUGGGAGGCUCGCCCCUCAGUCGGUCCAGAGGAGCUUGUGGGAAGGGUUGGUUGGCUGGUUUGGGAUAUACGGGUUGGUUUCGGAUUUUUGUUUCCUUCUUGUUUGGGGGUACUGGUCAGGGGACAGGUUGAAACAAAUUCAAAACGAGGUAGCGAACGAAUUCUGCUAGCAUCUGGCUUUCACUCCCGACUAACUGCGGUUCUGGCCAGGGACCGGCUGCACGAAGCACAUUCGGGCCCCGCCGCUGUGUGCCAGCUUCGUUCUGGCCGAAAUUAGAAAGCGGGGAAAGCUGUACGGUGCGAUCAACUCAAGGACCCUGCCAGCCGACACGGGUCACCCGCAGAGCAGGAGAAGGAGGGAGGCGAGGAUGAGGAUGGCGGCGUCAAUGGCAAGGACUUAUGUCCCUUUGCAUACCACUCUGGGGCCACUCUGCUCGUGCUGUGCCCUGCCGGCUGCCGCCCCGUCUCCCAGCGUGGACCUCCUCUCUGCGGCCCCUGUCUCUGUUGAGCCUGGAGCUCAACCACAGAUGUCCAGCCACAAUUCUCGGUUGGCCGCAGACUCGUACAAGAAUUGCGUUUGGACAAUCAGUGGCGAAGCCCCUGAGUUCAGGGGCCCGGUCCCCCUCGGGGUUCUGCCUGGCUCCUUAAAAGCGCACACCAGAUCUCGGGAGCUGCGUAUCCGAAUACCUCCAGAAGCUCAGCAGUCGCAGCCCAUCCCGCGGACCACUGGCCUGGAAAUAGUCCAGCAUGAAGCUGUGACCAGAGCUAGGCUAGAGCUCCAGGGUUCGGAUCCCAGGAUGCUGAUCACCAGGGCCGAAGCAUGGAGGUGACGCGUGGACGCGUGGACGCGCCCAGAUCAGCGGCACCCAGUCCCCGCCCCAAGCCGGGGCUCCCUUUCCAGCUCAUCGCGUCAUCUGGAGGGUGUGCCACAGAUCACAACGCGGACAACACCACAGAGAUGCUGCAAGAAUGGCUGGCCGCUGUGGGCCGAGACUAUGCGACUGUGGUGUGGAGGCCCGAGGAGGAGGCCAGGUCCUAUCCAGAUGAACAGGGUCCCAAGCACUGGACCAAAGAAAGGCAUCAGUUUUUGAUGGAGCUGAAGCAGGAAGCGCUGACCUUUGCCAGGGGUUGGGGAGCAGACUACAUCUUGUUUGCAGACACAGACAACAUCCUUACCAACAACCAGACGCUUCGGCUUCUCAUAGAGCAGCGUCUGCCAGUGGUGGCCCCGAUGCUGGAUUCUCAGACCUAUUAUUCCAACUUUUGGUGUGGGAUCACUCCACAGGGCUACUACCGCCGCACAGCUGAAUACUUCCCUACAAAGAACCGCCAGCGCCAGGGCUGCUUCCGGGUCCCUAUGGUCCACUCUACCUUCCUGGUGUCCUUGCAGACUGAAAAAACAGCCCAGCUUGCCUUCUACCCACCUCAUCCCAACUACACUUGGCCUUUUGAUGACAUCAUUGUCUUCGCCUAUGCCUGCCAGGCUGCGGGGGUCUCAGUACAUGUGUGCAAUGACCAUCGCUACGGGUACAUGAAUGUGGCAGUGAAGUCCCACCAGGGGCUGGAGGAGGAGAAGGACAACUUCGUCCACCUGAUUUUGGAAGCACUAGUGGAUGGGCCCCCAAUGACGGCCUCAGCUCAUGUGUCUCAGCCCCCAAAGAAGCCCAACAAAAUGGGGUUUGAUGAAGUCUUCGUCAUCAGCCUGGCCCGUAGACCCCAGCGCCGGGCUCGAAUGCUGAGCUCUCUCUGGGAGAUGGAGAUCUCUGCUCAGGUGGUAGACGCUGUGGAUGGCAGGACACUCAACAGCAGUAUCCUUAAGCACCUCGGUGUGGACCUGCUCCCUGGCUACCAGGACCCCUACUCAGGCCGCACACUGACCAAGGGUGAGGUGGGCUGUUUCCUCAGCCACUACUCCAUCUGGGAAGAGGUGGUUGCCAGGGGCCUGGCCCAGGUUGUGGUGUUUGAGGAUGACGUGCGCUUUGAGAACAACUUCCGGAAGCGACUGGAACAGCUGAUGGAGGAUGUGGUGGCUCAGAAGCUCUCGUGGGACUUGAUCUACCUUGGCCGGAAGCAGGUGAACCCGGAGGAGGAGGUGGCUGUGGAGGGUCUGCCUGGUCUGGUCGUGGCUGGCUACUCCUACUGGACGCUCGCAUACACCUUGAGCCUGGCAGGUGCUCGCAAACUGUUAGCCUCCCAGCCUCUGCACCGCAUGAUACCUGUGGAUGAGUUCCUGCCUGUCAUGUUUGAUCAGCACCCAAAUGACCAGUACAAAGCAUACUUCUGGCCUCGAGACCUCCAAGCCUUCUCAGCCAGGCCUCUGCUUGCCUCCCCCACCCACUAUGCGGGAGACGCUGAGUGGCUCAGUGACACGGAGACAUCGUCCCCCUGGGAUGAUGACAGUGGCCGCCUCAUUAGCUGGACUGGCUCUCAAAAGACCCUUCGUGGCCCCCACCUGCACCUGACUGGCAGCAGUGGGCAUAGUCUCCACCCUCACCCUAGGGAUGAGCUUUAGCCCACAAGGUCAAAGUAGGAACUCCAAAGGAGCAACAAGAAUUGACAGGAGCUACAGAGACAGCAGAAACCUGUCAUCUUGGGCUCAGCCAUUCUUCUACCCUCUGGACCCACUCCAGGUUGGGAGAACCACUCAGAGAUAGAGUCCAUUCCCUGAGGGUCACAAAGUGAAAGGACCCAGAGACUCCACUCUGCAGAUUGAGAGCCCAGUAGGCUCAGGGACAGGGAGGCCUCAGCUUUUGGAUUUCAAGCUGGCCAGACCUCAGAAUCCUGUCCUCUCUGAGGCCUCAGCUGCUGGGACAACUUUGCCUCCAUCUACCUCCACCUCAGCUCCCUCCCUGGCUUCACAUGGGGGCUCAUUAGCACCCUCUUCCUUGGCUGGUGGGAAGCUCAGGAAGGUGCUUGGCACACAGUAGACCUUCAAUAAAAGCCCUCUGCAUUAGCACUUUA